UCAGCACCGCGGAGCCGCGGAGCCGCGGAGCGUCCCGUUCAGCCGCUGAGGGUUUGACUCCGCGGAGAUGGAGUAGCGGGGCCGGCGUGGCGGAGCUUCCUGACCAGGGAACCUUUUCUCGAGACCUGAGGAAGUCCUGAAGAGAAACCGCAGUGUGGGCCUUGACUUGAGUCGCGGAGCUGAACCUAAAAUAAGCUUGAAACCAUCGAGCAUGUGAACACUCCGGUCCAUGCAAAUAUCACAGCCUCUGAUCAGAGUCCUUCUUCAUGUCUGAGGAAGUCUCUGUCUGAUACAGUGGAAACGUAAACCCGUUUCCCCUGUCGUCUCUGCAGCGCCCCCCAGUGGCCCCGAGCCGUCAUGGCGUCUCGGCUGCUGGACCGCCUGAAGCGCUCGCUGUUCAAGGAGGGCCAGGGGGCGGGGCCUGAGCGGCCAGGGAGCGGGCAGCCGGCGGAGGAGUUUUUUGACGAGGAGCGAUGGGAGGCGGAGCUGGAGGAGGAGGAGGAGUGCGUGACGGACAGGCUGGGCGGGACGCUGUGUUUCGACGGAGGAGGAGCAGCGGAGGAGGGAGUGGAGGGCGAGGACGAGGGGAUGGACAGCGACUCUGACUUCCUGGGAGAGUCGAUGGAGGAGGGGCUCAGCAGCACAGACACCAGUCCGGUGGGUGUGUCUCCCAUCGGCCCCGCCUCCCUGCUGACCCGGCAGCUGCAGGAGAGCUGGAGGAGCCUGCGGGGCGGCGGAGGCCACGCCCCCUCCUGCAGAGCGCAGACGGACAGCUUGCUGUUUGAGGUGACGGACGCCAGCGUGGUGCAGGACGGCUCCUCCAAAUACGUUCUGUACACGAUCCACGUGAUCCAGUCCGGUGGGAGCGAUAAAACCCCGGCCGUCAUCACCCGCCGAUACUCCGACUUCCAGCGGCUCCACGCCACGCUGCGCCGUAACCACGGAGACCAGAUGGAGCGCGUCUGCUUCCCACGAAAGAAGCUGCGGAGGAACUUCACGGCGGAGACGAUCGCCAAGCGGAGCCGGGCGUUUGAGCAGUACCUGUCUCACCUGUGUGCCUUGCCCGGCCUGCGGGGGGCGCUGUGUGUCCGACACUUCUUCUACCUGCCUGACCUGCAGACAGGACAGCUGCUCAUCAGGGUUGCCAGGUACCAGGAGGCGUUGGGUCCACUGCUCAACGGCAAGAGGCUGCAGCACAAACUGGGCUGGACCAAUCAGCACAGCGACCAGCCCCAGGCCCCGCCUCCGGCCUCCUCCCAUUGGUUCUACACCCUGGUGGCGCUGUCGAGCUGUUUCCAGGAGGUGGAGCAGCUGGAGGAGGCUCAGGAACACUGUGAACACGCCCUCUGCGUUCUGACCCCGCCCACUUACUUAAACAUGACUGACAAUAAGACAGAGGACAAGCCCCUCCCACCCGGAGAUAACCAGGACAUACCGCGGAAGCGCCUCGAUAAGCCCCACCCACUCAUGGUGCCGUUGCUACGGGCGAUGGUCCGGCUGUCGUGGCAGACGGGACGAGACAAGCGUCAGUGGGAGGAGCUUCUGCAGCAGCUGGAGGAGCAGUGGGCGGGGCUAGACAAUCAGCCAACCAUCAGAGAGUAUCUGGUCAAACACAACCUGCAGGAGAGUGAGGGGGAGGGGUAGAACACACACACACACACACACACACACACACACUGCAGAGUACAAUCACAAUGCAUCAAAGCCUUCUGGGUAAUGUAGUCCACAAUCUAAAAGCCUUAUCCAGCACAGUGGUACACAAAUUUCAGAAAAUAUUAACCUAGAAUAAUUUUGCUUUAUUUCAUGAUCAUGAUUAGUUUGAUUUUAGGGAUAGGAAGAAAAAAAUCUGUUCCAAAUUCUAAUUAUUAUAAUUUUUUCCUGAAAGUAGUGAGACUCAAUGUUAUGCUUUGUGGUAAUUUUGGAUUAUUUUUUUUUAAAUACUUGGCUGAGUGGAGCCUCACUGAUCUGAUGGUCAAAUAUAUAAUUUAAAUAGUUAUAACUAUAAUUUUCUUGUAAUUUUUAAAUAUAAA